CGCGCGCACUUGCACGCACGCACACACACAUGCAAAAACACACACGCACACACACAUACUCAAACACACACAUUCCUCCAGUGAGUCUCUGUAGUGAUCGCCUUGCAACCAGAAACGGACGUGCUUUUGGAUAUAUCAGCCGGUCCCUUCGUUCAGCGAUGGUGUGAGGAGCUGCAGCUGUGGAGAUAGCUGGAAUUGAUGUGAGACCAGUUUUACAGAGAUGUAAAUCUCUUCCAGUUAGCGACAACUCUACAAUGAUGGAGAUAUAAAGGAGAGUCUGCAGCUCUCCUCUCAGGGACAAACUUCUGCAGCCCUUCUCUGGUCACAGGCCUGCCUGGCAUCUUUCAUCCAUACCAUUCCUCUUUCCAUCCACCCAUCCUUCCCCCUGUCAUGAAAGGCCUGUCCAGCAGUCGGAGUCACCAUCACGUGGUCUCCUAUGAACCAUCAUAUGAUCUACUGGGUCACCAUGUUGACCGCAAGCCAUAUUUGAUCAGUCAGAAUGACAUGCCUGUGCCCAUUCCCAUGCCGCAUCCAGCUGAGCUGUCCUACUACAAUGCUCAGCGUUCCCCGUACCCCUCUGACAGCAACAACAUCGUCCCAUACGGAACCUUCCCAAGAAGGUGCCACUCCACCUCAUCUCACCAUCCUGAGGUAAAGGAUGAGGGUAUGGCCAUGGUACCAUAUAUAGGAGGAGGAGGGGGAGGAGGUGGUGGAGGAGGCUAUGGAGGUAAAACGCCCACCCGGGUACCAGCAAACUUUGCGGACCCGUUUGAGCGUCAACUGUCAUUUUCCAGAGAUGGCUACCAUACACUGCAGUACAAACGAGGAGUACUGGCCCACAGUGGGGGGAUAGGGACCAACAACAUCAACAAUGACAGCCCAGGGAGAAUUCGUCACCUGGUCCACUCAGUCCAGAAACUCUUCACCAAGUCACAUUCAUUGGAGGGGCCACACCACACACAGUCCUCCAAGGGGGCCAAUAAUGGGAGUGUUAAUGGUGGUGGUGGUGGUGGUGGUGGAGGAGGUGGUGGUGGUGGUUCAAGGGCCAGCCUAGUAGGUGAAACUCCACCAGGGGGAGUGCGCCACCGGAAGCGCAGCAAGAGCCGUGAGCGCUGUCGAUCAGCAGAGCCCAAGCAUCGAAGCCACCAUCACCACCACCACCAGCUCCACGGCUCAGCAUCUGCUCCAGGCUCCGGAUAUUGGAGCUCAGAUGACAACCUGGAACGGGAGUUGUGUCUCUACCACCCUCACCACCACCAACCUCCACCCUCACCCUCACCCUCCAUGUCCCCAUCGCCCAUCGCCAUGACAAUGGGCCGUUACCCCGGCAACAACCACGACAAGUUCCCCCAGACUCCCCUUCCCAGUCUCUCCUCCUCGCAGUCCCACCAGUACUUUAUGAUGGACCCUUAUGGCACACUCAACGAGCACACACACACCCACGCACACCAUGGCCACACACACCACCAUUCUGCACUUAAAGCGUCCCGGAGCAACAACGAUGUCAAGUAUGCAGCGUCUUCGGCAUGUGUGCCAGUUAGUGGUAGCAGCAAUAACAGCGGUGGCGGUAUCGUUGGAGGAAGUGGCCCCUUGCUGCCACUGGGUCUUGUGGACGGGCCUCUUGUGAAGAAAGGGGCAUGGUCGUCAAGCCUAACGGUGAGCAGGGCCCGAGAGGUCUACACCAACAACAGCAUCCACAACCAGCUACGAGCCAGCGCAGGAUCCGGUAACCUAAACCUAGAUAGAGCUCUAGUCAAAUCUAAGGGCAGUCAGCAGCAGGAGCGCACUUGCCAUUUCUUACAGGUACCUCAGGAUGAGUGGAGCGGCUUCUCUCCACUGGGGAAGGAGGACGACAUCCCCUGUCGGAGGAUGAGGAGCGGCAGCUAUGUGAAAGCCAUGGCUGAGGACGACAGUGGAGACUCUGACGGGAGUCCCAAACCCUCGCCCAAGGUCCAGGCACGCCGAGCCAGCUACCUGAAAGCCACACAGCCGUCACUGACAGAGAUGACCACUCUACAGAUUUCAACGGAGCACUCUCCAAAACUGCAGAUCAGGAGCCACAGUUACCUGCGUGCGGUGAGUGAGGUUUCAAUCAAUAGAAGCCUGGAUACCCUGGACCCCAAAACCCUCCUCGACCCCAAAUCGCUGCUCUCCUCACCCCAAUACCGAUCACGCAAUGAAAGCUACAUGAGGGCCAUGAGCACCAUCAGUCAGCUGAGUGAGGUGGAGGUGAACGGGCAGAUUGAGCAGGUUUGUGAGCAGGUCUACAGUCAGAUGCAGGCCCAGGCCCUGGAGGCUGCCAUGGAUCGCAUGGACACCAUGGACACCAUGGACACCUUGCCUAUGCCAGGAUGCUUCCGGAUGCGGAGCCACAGCUAUGUGCGGGCAAUUGACCAGGGCUGUUCAGGGGAUGAGGAAGGGGAAGGAGGGAGACCGCUGCUCCUGCUGCCGUCCUCCCCACCACGCACAUCUGCCACCACCGUCAGGACCAUCCAGAGCAGCACAGUUUCAUCUUGCAUCACCACCUAUAAGAAAACCCCACCACCGGUUCCGCCCCGAACUUCCACCUGCUCCACAGCCUCCAAGCCCUACAUCUCCAUCACAGCCCAGAGCAGCACAGAAUCUGCACAGGAUGCAUACAUGGAAGAGGAGGGACCCCGAGGUGACAUGACCAUCCAAUCAGGGCUCAGUAACUCAACAGAGAGCAUUGACAGCAUGAAGGCCCUGACAGCUGCCAUAGAAGCUGCUAAUGCACAGGUCCAUGGACCAGCCAGUCAGCAUGUCAGUAACAGCACCAUGACAGUCAACACCCCCACCCCCUCAAUAAUGUGCAGGGGACCAGUUGUAGAAGACUACCGGAGUGUAUACAGGAAAGAAGCACUCAGGAAAGGCAAAUGUCUCUCCAUAGGCAUCCAGGUGGAUGGACCGGAGGAGGAUCCGGAUCCAGAGGACCCAUCCAAGUUCACCUCUGUAGGGGUGCAGGUGGAGGAUGACAGAGGGUAUCGUCGGUUCCAGCGCUCCAACAGUGUGACAGCAGCUGUGCAGGCAGAUCUGGACAUGCCGGACCUGUUGGACACCCCUCUAGACUCCCCAGACACCGAUAUUGAAGUCCUGUCAUCUGGUGCCCUCUCUCGACAAUACUCCCGCGAUGCUGCCACCUCUACCGUCAGCAUCCAGGGCUCAGGGAACCACUACCACGCCUGUGCCUCCGAUGACUUUGAUGAUGUGGGCUUUGACCCGUCCAUCCUUCCCCCUCCAGACCCCUGGAUAGACAGUGUAACCGAUGACUCACUGGAAGUCAACUUCAACAGCUCUGCUAUUCUGGAGGUGGUGCAGCGGUCAGUAUGUCACAGAGAUGGGCACUGGUUUCUGAAGCUGCUGCAGGCCGAGACCGACCGCAUGGACGGCUGGUGUCGACAAAUGGAGCUGGACCAGCGGGACAAUGACCUGCCUGAAGAUAUCCUCGGGAAGAUGAGGAGUGCUGUCGGGAGUGCUCAGCUUCUGAUGUCCCAAAAGUUUCAACAGUUCAGGGAGCUGUGUGAGGAGAACCUGAACACCAACGCCCACCCCCGUCCUGUGGCCUCAGAUCUGGCUGGUUUCUGGGAUAUGCUUCAGCUGUCAAUCGAGAACAUAAGCCUCAAGUUUGAUGAGCUUCACCAGCUCAGAGCCAACUGCUGGAGAGCCCUGGAUCCCCCUGACAGAAAGGAGAGGCGGCUCCCACCUCCAGUGCCAAAAAAGCCACCCAAGGGCCCCCACCACCACCCACCUCUGGCCAGAGACCGCUCACUGGAGAGCUCAGAGAAACAACGGCUGGAGGCCAGGAAGCGCCUGAUGGCCGCCAAGAGAGCCGCUUCUGUACGGCAAAACUCAGCUACGGAGAGCGCUGACAGCAUCGAGAUUUACAUCCCAGAAGCUCAGACAAGGCUAUGAGGACACUACCAGGGACUCACACAGGGUUGACAUGCAGUACACACACACCAUCCACAACACAACAGAAACACAAAGAUGUACGGUUGUCCACGCCAAGGUAUAGGGGUGUAACCCAAUGCACAGAUCAUGCGCACUGAAAACAUCAGAAUUUUUGGAGUGAGAUUAUUUUGAGUCAAAACUCAUUGACACACAUUCAUCAUACACAACUUGCUAGAGUCAGCAGAAUUCACUCUUUUUUAUCAAUAGCUUUCUCAUUUUUCAUCAUAGAUCAACUUUAUUAUUCAUCCCCUUCACCUCCCAUUAUAAACACACCCUCCAGUUUAUAAAGAGAACAUGUAAUAUGGCCCAAUGUGACUUGUGACCAGUUCUAUUUUUACUCUUGAUUUCCGCCCACAAUUAACAGUUUCACAAACAGGAAAAAGCCUGAAGCACAAGCACUUGACAAAUUAAAAUUCCGAUAUCAACCUCUUCCCAGAUACACACAUUGUCGUUGCGUUACACCCCUACCUUCAGUGGGUAGCAUCAGUUGGCCACGACCUGUAAGAGCUGUCCACACCUCUAAUACACCGAUACUUUACAUGAGACCCAUCAUGCAAGACUCAGCAUGCAGCAUACUGUUCUGGUGGAACUGUCUUCAAAGACGUGUCUAACUUCUAAUAAUCGAGGCCAUGCGUCCUCCGCCAUCACAUGCAAUUCAACCCCUAUAUUGAGGUGAAUUAAAAUAUCAAAUGUUUCAAAUGUUCUGAUAGCAAUGUCUAUCUGCUGAGGAUGUGAUGAGAAGUUUUAAAAGAGCUACUGAAUGAAUUGUUUUGUCACAAUUAAUGUUAGAGACAGACGGUGGUCGCUGGUCAGACUUUAGACAUCAGUCUGCUGAAGCUUCCUGUUGGAGGAUCAGUGUGUGAAGCAGAUGAACAGGGAGGGGGCUGCAUUCAACCAUGGUUGUAACUUUACAAAAGACAACUUCAAGAUUCAAGAUUGUCAAUCCAGAUAAACAAGUAUAAUCGUGUGAAAUGCUUUCGCUCUAUAAAAGACAUAUCAAAUAUAAUAAAAUAAAAUAUAAGAACAAAAUAUAAGAAGCAAUAAAAUAUAUAUAUACAUUAAAGAAAGAAAAUACGAAACUGCUUAAAUAAAUACAAAACUAGUUAACCUAUUCAAAAAUAAAUGUAUCUAUACAAACUACAUAACAUAUAAAUAGCCUUAAACCUAAAAUAAAAACCUUAAACUUAACACCAGAGUGGAGCUCCUCCUCCUUACUUUAGACAUUGGCGGGUGACAUGCCUUACGAGAUAAUAAUUAUUUAAUUAGUUAAUUAGUUAAUAUCAAGCAUAAUAAACUCUCUGGGAUUAAAAGAAAGAAUCAGAGGGUCGACGUCAGACAGACAGUGGUUUGCAUGGAGUGUGUGAGAUGUUGUCAGCCUUACAGGUCACAUUACACAGGACCUUUGGUAGAUGUUGAAGGUUUUGUGUAUGGGUCUUAUAAAAUGACACGAAUAUGUAUUUGUAUAAAGGUGAUGGACAAUCGUACACACACAGGCAAACAUAGUAGUAAACAUUAACUGUCAUAUGAAAACACUUGAAAUGCACAUGUUUACACUAACACACACUCAACCCAUCAGCUCUCACAGGUACUUCUUUCAGGUCUGGCUGUAUGAACACU